AUGGCGAAGAAACCAAUUUCGAAACAUUCCCGUGCGGCAAGAAGAUCAGAAGCAGCCGAACCGGAGGCUAAGGCUUUAGAGACUUUACCCAGAGCUGAAAAGACAGAUUUUGCAGCAACAUUAAUCAGAACUGCUAACAAAAACGAAGCUUUGCUCGAAGCGAAGAUCCAAAAGCGUGGACAAAAAAAUAAGAAGAAAAACGCGGGAAGAGUGAGUAAGCAACUUAUAGAUGACAGUUCUUUAACAAGUAGGAAAGCUAUUCGUGCCUUAAAUAUUACCAGUAGGCUCGAUGGUAAGAGGGAGAAAGCCAUUCAUAGAGCUAAAUAUGUGCAGUCAGCUCGUAAAGCUGGAUGGGAUACUACAAACCAAAGCAUUAGGAAAGAAUUAUCGACACUACAAAACGCAGCAAAUACGGUCAGCGAUUCCGUUAACAAAAGCACGGACAAGGAAGGGUCUGCGAAUACUGAAGAUGCGAUGAUAGAAGACGAUCAAGAUCACAUUGAAAUUUACGACAGUGCUAAAAGCCAGAAGGUACAAGAAAAAGCAGUAUCAACCACUUUUACGGCAUCAAACGUAUUUACGUCAUUAGAGGAUGAGAUUGAAGCAUAG